AUGUUCCUCCCGUCAGACGCACAGGACAUGCAUCAUCUUAAACCGUUCCGGAACAGAGGCUUCACCAGCCGCUGCUGCGGCUGUUGUCAUGUCCGCACGGGCACCAUCAUCCUGGGGACGUGGUACAUGGUGGUGAACCUGUUGAUGGACAUCCUGCUGACGGUAGCAGUGAGCCACCCUGGACAUGUGCCCACCAUCGACCUGCAGUAUGAGGUCAUUGACCACUACUUUGCCUCCGACCGCAUGUCAGAAAACGCUUGCGUGGGCUUUGCAAUCUCCCUGCUCAUGCUCACCAUCAGUGCCAUGCUGGUGUACGGAGCCAUCACUCACCGUGCCGGAUGGCUCAUCCCAUUCUUCUGUUACCAGCUCUUUGACUUUGCCCUGAGCUGUCUGGUGGCCAUCAGCUCCCUUACCUACCUGCCCCGUAUCAAGGACUACCUGGACCAGCUGCCUGACUUCCCCUACAAGGACAACCUGCUGUCUAUGGACUCCAGCUGUCUGCUCCUGUUUGUGCUGGUCUUCUUCGCCUUCCUCAUCCUUCUCAAGGCCUACCUGAUUAACUGUGUGUGGAACUGCUACAAAUACAUUAACAACAGGAACAUGCCGGAGAUCGCUGUGUUCCCGGCCUUCGACACCCCUCCCCAGUACAUUCUGCCAACUUACGAGAUGGCGGUGAAGAUGCCCGAGAAGGAGCCCCCCCCUCCGUAUAUGCCCGCCUAG